AUGUAUAUCCUAGGAAACUUCCUCUACAUCGCCGUCCUCCUCAUCAACGCCAUCGCAGUCCUCUCCGAAGACCGCUUCCUCGCGCGCAUCAACCUCUCCCCCUCCUCCUACGACCCGACCUUUGGCUCGAGCAACGACGCAAGCGUAAAGGCAAAGAUCAUCAACUUGAUCGCCAGCGUACGGACACUGAUGAGAAUACCCUUGAUCGGAAUCAACACCAUUAUCAUUCUGUACGAACUCAUCCUCGGAUAA